GUUUAUACUAUCAACUUGGAAUCUCGUUAUUUACUAAUACAAGGAGUUCCUGCAUUAGGCGUUAUGAAGGAAUUAGUUGAGCAAUUUGCAUUAUAUGGUGCCAUUGAAGAGUAUCAUGCUCUAGAUGAAUAUCCUGCAGAGCAAUUCACUGAAGUUUAUCUUGUAAAAUUCCAAAAACUGCAAUGUGCAAGGGUGGCCAAGAAAAAAAUGGAUGAACGAAGUUUCUUUGGUAGUUUGCUGCAUGUGUGCUAUGCUCCAGAGUUUGAAACAGUCCAAGAAACUAGGGAGAAGUUGCAGGAUAGAAGAAAAUAUAUAGCAAAAGCAACAAAUCAAAGAGAUUGCUGUGGGUUAAAGGACAUAGAGGGGCCUAAGAAGACAGUCUUGAAGAACACCAAGCAUGACUGUCGGUGGAGUACAUCAGGAUCAUGUGCAGCCAGUAACUGGGAUCCAUCCUGCUUCACAAGUUCUCAUGGGGUAUCCCACAACAUAGGGCAUCCGUCUGGAAACCAUAAUCAGAGCCUGUUCACAUCCCCCUAUGAUAACAAUUUUGCUGAAACUUCUGGGUACUUUGGUCAAAAUGCUUCUCUAACUCUCAGCGGACAUCCAGGAGGACAUACUCCACCAACGUCCUUAGUGCAGCACAGAAUGGUUCUGAUUGAUAAUGGAGUCGAUAGGUUUAUGCCUCGUACAACUUGCCUGCAAGAACGUAAGAGGAAGAGAGAAGAAGGUAACAAGUUUUCCCUCGUUGGAACAAGCGCGGACAAUACUGAAGUCAUUAUUGGUCCACAGCUACCAGAAAUACCUAAAGUGGAUAUGGAUGACGACUCACUGAAUACUUCAGCUACAUUAAUUCGAAAUAAACUGAAAGAGGUGGCAGAUUCUGUUUCAAGAACAUCUGUGGAAAAGACAGAGAGUAGCUCAGCCAAACCAUUUGUAAAGCAGAGAAGAAGAAUAUAG